AUGACGGCCCCACUCCACCCAUGCCGUCUGGCCCUGCUGGCCAUACUUCUCCUUGCCCUUGUCACCAUCCCCUCCACGGCCUUUGGUGGCGGCGGCGGCGGCAGUCGAGAAGAGUGCGAUGAAGGAGAAUAUCUCGGAUGCAAGUUCUGCCCCGCCGGCAAAUACAACUCGCCCAUCUACUACACCUCGCAGGCCAAUAGCAUAAACGACUGCAAAACCUGUCCCUUCGGCCAGACCAGCAAUGGCGACAGGAGCAAUUGCUAUAACUGCCCCGUUGGCAAGGUUGGCGCCGAGGGUGGCACAUGUGUGGAUUGUUUUGGCAACUCCUACGCCGACGAAACCGGCCUGGCGUCCUGCAAGGACUGCUCUACAGGUGGCUUCGUCGUUGUAGAAAAUUCAAACGGUCUCAACGUUGGCUGUGAAAUGUGCGACAUUGGCACCUACCAGUCGGGUAACGAUCACACUCAAUGCCUCACUUGCCCCGAGGGUAAGCUGGCAACUUCCGAGGGCGCCACGGUCUGCUACGACUGCGACGGCGUCAUUGUUGAGCAGGAGGGUCAGCUCCGCUGUGAAGUGUGCGCCGGUCGAGUCGUGGACGGAACCUGCGAACCCUGCGCCCAGAACGAAUACCUUUCAGGCACUUCGUGCGUGAGCUGUCCUGUCGGCCACAUUCAAAGCGCCACCGAUGCUUCCCUCUGUGUGCCUUGUGCAGCUGGCACGUACCUCGCAGUCAUCACCGAGGCAUCGGAAACCACCUACGAGUGCAAGGCUUGCCCUGGGGGUACUUAUUCAGCAUCUUCUGGUGCCACACAGUGUACCGCCGUCUCGGCUGGUUACGUGGCCAGCGCCGAUCAAACCAGCCAGAUUGCCUGCGGCCUCGGCAUGUACUCGAGCGGUGGUACUGACACGUGCCACUCUUGUCCAGCUGGCUCCAUCUGCGGUGCUCAAGCUUGUUCAACCUGCACGGCCUGUACCCUUGGUACUUCAUACACAAACGAUGAACACAUUCAGUGCUUGACUGCGAGCUCGUGCGCCAAGGGCAGCUACAUUACCGCCGCUGCUACCACCUCAAGUGACCGCGAGUGCGACUUUUGCCCAGCCAACACUUACAGUGACACGCGCAACGCUCCGUCUUGCACCAGUUGCCCAACCGACACCAUCUCUGGUGAAGGAGCCCAGGAAUGCUACACGAGUGCUACCGCGUGCCAGCCCGGCGAGUUUUACAGCCAAGAGGCCUCUGGUUGCGAAGAUUGCCCCGCAGGAUCAUACACCAGCGGUGCUGGUCGCACAUCGUGUGACAGCUACGAUAACUGUCUUGCCGGCCAAUACGUGACAGCCACUCCCACGCCAACUUCAAAUCGCGCCUGUGCCGUUUGCCCUGCGGGCAAAUACAGCGACUCUCUCAACGCGGCCAGUUGCACCAUCUGCGAUGCCAGCAUUGAGUACUGUCCGUUCGCAGCCACAGCAGAGCCCACUGCUCAGCCUGCCCCGUGUGCAGCUGGCUCUUAUCAAGCCGUCGGCCCAACCAGCAGUACGGCACGUACUUGCGUGGCUUGCUCCGUGGAGCGAAGCGAGUAUCAGCCCAACGGAGGCGCGGAUAGCUGCCUGACGCUGAGCACGUGUGCACCCGGGCAAUACGUGACAACGUUCGCCACCUCAAGCACCGAUCGUGCUUGCAGCAGCUGUGCUGCUGGCUUUACGGCCACCACCAACACGGCCACGCAGUGCAACACGUGGACCACCUGCCGCGCCGGCGAAGUACAGACGAUGCCGCCCACUAUCACCUCGGAUCGUGUCUGCACGACCUGUGCCUCAGGCACCUUUGCUGCCAAUGCAACCUACUGCCAACCUUGGUCUGAUUGUCCUGCGGGCUCGUAUGUCAACUACGCUCCCUCUACCUACCAGGACCGCAUCUGCCGGUCCUGCACUGUAGGCACCUUCUCCACGACCGCAAACGCUGCCACCUGCACGCCAGUGACCCCCACCUGCAACGUGACCGUUUCUUGGGAGGUGCUGGGAGCCUCCUUGACCAAUGAUCGCAUUUGCCAACCCGUUGACGUGUGCAAUCCGACUGGGAAUAACACCGAGUUGUGCACCUGCCCGGGCGAGGGCACCUGCUCUCAGUGCUCCUAUCAAGGUGACUACAACGGCUACCUCCUCUCGUCGAUUGAUCAGAUGCCCAAUGCCGCCACGUCGUCCGAUCAGCCUUCCGAGUGCGUGUCUUUAACUGGCACUGGGUCGACCUCAGAUCAAUGCGCCGCUCUCUGCGAAGCCAGCAGCGAUUGCGUCGCCUUUUUCCUCUAUGACACGGCCACAGAUGACGGCCAAUGCUGUCUCAAGGCCUCCUUUGAUACAGGUGUCAUGCAAAGUCGAAUUGGUGGCUCCUUCUUCCAGCUGCUUGCCUGUGACUCGUGCAUAUCUGGGUAUAUAUCCGAAGGCCUUGGCUGCACAGCGGCAUCCCUGGCCCCCAACUUCACUGUGGCUGUUGAAACACUUUCUCUGAACAUGAAGGUGGCUGAGGGAACCGUUCUCACCCAUUUUGUGGCUACGCCUCGCUCUUCGACCAACGAAUCACUCUCCAUCACCUAUGCCAUCAGCGCCGUCUCGGACUCGGCAUUUGCAUCGGCCUUUGCCCUCAACAGUACCACUGGCGAGCUUUUGUUGGCCUCGAGCGUUGACGGCAGCCCAAGCGUCUUCACACUCACCAUCCAGGCCAAGGACAACCGCACCGAGUGCCGCCUCGACGAAGUCCAGCAAACCGCGGGUGGCUGCGUCACGACCAAGACGGUUCAGGUGGCCGUGGUAGGAUUUGCAGGCUGUCCUGCGAUCACUCGCAUGACCAGCUACUUGGGCGAGCGUCAGAGCGUGACCGUUGAUGUUGGAACCAUUGCCCUCCCACCUACCAUCAGCAACCUUUUUAGCGUCGAGGUUACCCAGCCCCCCUCGUAUACGCUGGCCGCCGGCGACUACCAGGUCACGUACAGCGUCGUUGAGGCGAUGGAUGUGGGGGCCCAACCUACUUGCGCCUUCACGAUUAGUAUCGUGCAGGGCUUUGAACUAACGGCCUCCCUCAUUGCCCACACCUUCUCAACAACUACCCGCAAGGCAGCCGAUUACAUUGCUGAGAAGAGCCCGCGCGUGGACGGCGAGCUCAUCCUCUCCUCCUUUACAGUUACGACGAACCUAUUGGACAACGACUUUGCCUUUGGCAUUGCGGGGCCCAACCAGCCUUUCAGCCUGGACCUCCCCGACGAGCUCUCGGCUGCGCUCCGGCUCUCACUGGUGUGGUGUUCUGAGGGUACUAUGCCCUCCUCGGGUUACAAUCUGCUUCCUGCGGAGGUCUCUCUCAAUGGCGCUACUAGCGAGCUGACUUUUACAGAUGGCGGCUCGGGCUACACCGAUGACCUUGCCUGCUUCCGGGUCCAAGCUACAUCGCAGACCUUUACCGGCCGCAUGUCCUGGACGACCAUCGACGUGAACAUGCCGUUCUCCAGCAAUAAUCCCAAUGCAGUACCAGAGCCGACUCGUCGCCGCCGUGCCUUGACAACAUAUUUCCCGGCUGACGGAUCGUCCGUGUCCAUGCAAUACAACUCGACCGAUGCCGGCAUCUUCACCGAGGAGCCGGGGCCCUACCUGACGCUCUCCGACAUCAUUCCGCCCUACUUCCUGGGCUGCCCAGCCAAUCAAUACGCCACGGCCUUGGCUCCCAAUUACACGGUUGCUGUCACUUGGACAGAGCCCAUCGCCUUUGAUAACGUGGCCCUCGACGAGGCCACGUUGCAGCGCAGCCAUGCCCCCGGGGACUACUUUUCCGUUCUCAACUCCCCUCACACCGUGACAUACGACAUUCGCGACGAGGCGGCUCUCGCAGCGGAGACGUGCUCUUUCCGCAUCUACGUGUCGUACGAAGAGGACCCCGUCACCGGGUUGGCCGCGGACAUGGUGGCACAGCCCCGUGGCGUGAUUGUGGAUAUGCCACAGUACGAUCCCAGCGUUGUCGAGAAGGUUGCCCUGUUGGACGCAACGGCUCAGCGCCUGCCGUUCUCUUCCAAUCUCGGAACGAAAACUGGUCUGCACUUUGAUAUCAACACCAAGGGCAGUGACCCCAUCAUGAUCCGCCAGACUGAGACGCUACAGGCUUACUUCUUUAGGUUUGAUCUCACUUGGAACUCGGCUUCAGGUGCCCCCACGGCCUCGGGCGCCACAGCCACCUUUGAGCUCGUUAACGAGGAUGGCUCAGAAAUCUCGUGCCCCGAACUGCAAGGCGUUCAGCCUCUGCGUGGCAGCACCAUUCGCAUCGAUCCCAACUCUGGUGCCAUCGUCUUUCAAGCAAGCUCCUUGACUUAUGACUGCGCAGUCGACUUUGACACGAUCACAGUGAACCUUGACUGGCCUGCCGUCGAUCUGGGCACCUCUCAAACUCACGUGUACCAGCUCACCACGACAAGCAGCGUUGAUAUCAUCCUUCUUCACGAUGGCACGGAGUUGGAAGUCGAGGAUGGCCUGCGCGCAGCGGUCAUGUUUGACGACAUUCCCCCAAGCAUCCGCAGCUGCCCCACGUCAACCAGCUUUUCUGCUGUGCAGAACACCAACUAUGGUAUUCGUUCCUGGACCCUGCCAGUGUUUAGUGACGCGCGUGGGGUGCGCUUCUUGCGUCGUUUUGGCCGCUUUGGCUCCUCAGGUCCUUGGGUUGAGCUCGUUGAUGGUGUCAAUGCCGACGUCAGUGGUCGUAGCGUUCCCUUCUCGGUGGGCUCAACCACUGAUCAGGUGCAGUUGACACUUGAGCUGGCCACGGCCCCAGCCUUUAACAUUCUCUACGAGGUCGAGGAUUGGUUUGGCCUGACCAGCAACUGUUCCUCCUCCCUUCGUGUCAUCGACACGCAAGCCCCCGACCUCACGCUGCAAGUCAUGAAUACAUACAACCUUUCAGCCAACUCAGCCACCGUCACCGUUGAUCGCGAUGACUUCAUCUUGGACAUGCAGGACAACGCCAACUUGGGCGUGUCUGUUGUGGAGCCACAGCCUACCUUCGACCUUGGCGUGGGUGUGCACAGCGUAACGGUGCGCGUCCUCGAUGCCUGGGCUCGCCAAGCAACCGGCACUGUGGUCAUCAACGUUGAAGAUCACGUCGGGCCUACCAUCCGAUGCUUUGCGCCCAAUCUCGUUGAGACGAAAACCGGUACCACCCGAGUGGUCAACUACACCCGUGCCGAGGCCUCCGAUAACGAUGCCGUUGCCAAUCUGACCUGUUCGCAUGAACCUGGUGAUUCAUAUCCCAUUGGUCGCACGGCGGUCGUUUGCAACGCAACAGACAUGUCCGGUAACUUGAACUCGUGCGAGUUUGUCGUUGUCGUGGAUGAGAUUGCCGUUCAGGAAAGCCGCAACGGCACCCUGGCGUCGGCCUCGAAUGCAUCAAGCACCAUGACGAUUGGCGUUGCCGGAGCGGUCGCCUUUUGCUUGGUAUUGGUGAUCGUUUUUCUCGUGCUGCGGGCCCGUUCCCAUGCGCGCCGACCCGCCGACUGGAACUCAGUUUUCAACAUGAUUGAGCAGUUGAAGAACGGUGAUGAUGUUCGCAUUCCUCGCGAGCUCAAGCGUGCCAAUCUGACCAUGCUGGAGGAGUUGGGCCGUGGUGCCUUUGGUUUGGUGUACAAGGCGCUCUUUGAGGAGUCACCCAAUCCUGGCUUUUUGGUGGCCGUCAAGUCUCUGCAUCACACUGCCGGGGUGUCAGACCGCCAAGAACUGUUGGAGGAGGCGGCCGUCAUGGUGCAACUAGAUCACCCCAACGUUGUCAAGCUGGUGGGCGUUGUCACGGUCGGCGAGCCGCUGCUUGUUGUGCUGGAGUACUGCGAAAAGGGUAGCCUCAAGUCGUACCUCGAAAACAACCCGGAUGUGUCCGAGUCACAAAAGAUUCGCUUCUGCAAGCAAAUUUCCCUUGGCAUGGAGCACAUUCACGAAAAGAACUUUGUUCAUCGUGAUCUGGCCGCGCGUAACGUGCUGCUGGAUGCCCUCAUGCGAUGCCGCAUUGCUGACUUUGGUCUUGCACGCGAGGAGAAUGAUGGUGCCGAUGCCUACUACCGCUCGCGCUCGGGCAACUUGCCGGUUCGCUGGACGGCGCCCGAGGCUCUGGAUGAACGCAAAUUUAGCGAGUCGACAGAUGUUUGGGCUGCAGGCAUCCUGUUCUACGAAAUCUACACCAAGGCUGGUCUGCCAUACGACGGUUGGAGCAAUCAGCGCGUUUGGGUUGAAGUGUCUGCAGGCUAUCGCCUCCCGUGCCCCGAGAGCUGCUCCAAGGCGGUUUAUGAUUUGAUGUUGGCAUGCUGGGAUGAGACGCCCGGUUUCCGCCCGUCAUUCGGCAAGCUGGCCGAGCAAUUGUCCGACCUCAUCACCGACGAUGUGGAGGGUGGCUAUCUCCGCAUCAGCGAUGCCGAUAGCCAAGGCACCUCAGCGCAAGGCUCGGAGUUGUACGACAACGGCGGCCAAGCAGAGACGCGCCUUCAGCAGGUCACCUCGCGCGUGGUGACCAAGGAUGACGUUGGGCAACGCGUGUAUGUGGAGGGUUACAACACGAUGGGAACUCUGAUGUUUUACGGCCCGCACCAAAGCAAGGCUGGCCUGCGUGCGGGUGUGGUACUCGACAAACCUAUUGGCAAUAACGAUGGCACUGUUGGCGGUCACAAGUAUUUUGAUUGCCAGAGUGGCCACGGCGUGCUGGUCAAUGUAUCCAAGGUCUCCCUGGCAGAGCCCCUUCAGCCUGAAGGAGAAGAUUUUGCAGCGCAUUAUGAUAUGGGCAACGGUGAAGAUGAGGUCGAUACGACGGAGAACUUUAGCGAUGCCCAUGCACUGUAUGAUAUGGGUCAAUCAGAGAACGUGAUUGAGGAAGAUGAAUCGGAAGAACCUCCCUCUGGCUUUUCCACGCUGGAUUCGACUCAGCUGGAUACGGCACAGGCCACCAUUGGCACCGAUGCGCCGGCCCUUCAGAUCAACCAGAUGUUUGAAGAGUCGGCUCUGGAGGGCCUGACUGCGUUUGGCUUCGAUGAACCUGAUGAUGUGCAAAUGCACCAGCGGGAGUCAGUGCCCACGCACCCAUCAAGCACCGCCGAUGUUGGUCGUCGCGUCCUGGUCGAGGGAUACGGUGAAGGCGUUCUCAAGUACUUUGGCCCGCACAUGACAAAGCGGGGCCUGCGUUGCGGUGUUGCAUUGGACGAGGCCAUCGGCAACAAUAAUGGCUUCAUCGGCGACCAUGCCUACUUCACCUGCCCUGAUAAGUGCGGCGUCUUGGUCAUCCCCACAAAGGUGACUUUGUUGUAAGCUCGCUCUAUAUGAUUAGCAUGCCCGAGUUUGUUUUGCCGGCGAUGCCUAUUGGGCUCGGUUCGACCUCAUCAGCAGGAUAUUAGAACUGCUGCUGAGGGUCUCCCAUUAGUUGUUCGCUUUUUCUUUUUUUAUCCAUUUGGUGUCGAUGUUUUCCAUUGAGUGUGUUAUGUGUUAUUGCAUGCGUGGUGUUUUUCAUUUGGCUUGGGGAGUUUAGGAUACGAAUGAUUUUUAACCAAUUGAUUGAUAAUGAGC